GCAGAGAGAAACACUGAUCUAACACACUACUGUACACCUCUCAGCUGACAACUCUAUUGUUACAAGGAUGCAGGCAGAGGAAUACAAUCGUAGAGGUAAGGAGAUGGUGGAUUACAUCACUAGGUACCUGACCACCAUCAGAGAGAGGAAGGUGACCCCAGGCCCAGAGGUGAAGCCUGGCUAUAUGAGAGAGCUGCUGCCAGACAGCGCCCCCACUGACCCGGAGGACUGGGACUGUAUCUUCAGGGACAUAGAGAAGGUCAUCAUGCCUGGGGUGGUCCACUGGCAGAGCCCCUACAUGCAUGCGUACUAUCCAGCCCUGACCUCCUGGCCCUCCAUGUUAGGAGACAUGUUGGCUGACGCCAUCAACAACAUCGGAUUCACCUGGGCCUCCAGCCCGGCGUGUACAGAGCUGGAGAUGAACGUGAUGGACUGGUUGUGUAAAGCUCUUGGUCUCCCCACCUUCUUCCUCCAUCACCACCCAGACAGCACCGGGGGAGGAAUACUGCAGAGCACAGUGAGUGAGAGUAGUCUGGGUAGCUCUGCUAGCUGCCAGGAAGCACAGGAUCCAACAGCUGAAGAGGACAGAUCCAGGCAGACAGAGACCUGGACGACUCAGUGGCUCACUCCUCAGUGGAGGAAGGCAGGUCUGAUCUCCCUGGUGAAGAUCAGGUUCCUCCCUCCAGACGACCACUUCUCCCUGAGAGGAGACCACUCUGAAACAGGCCAUCCAGGAGGAACAGGAGGAGAGGACUGGGUACCUGUCAUG